AUGGCCGGGCAACUCAUCAUUUGCGCCUAUGGCCUUACAGCAAUGCACAGCUGGACCCACCGCACCGUGAAAAUGACCAGUGGCUUCGUGGGUGAAUGCCAAUUCUAUGGCCGGUUGCUCUCGAAGUUCAUGUUUGGCGUGAAAGCCGUCAGUGAGGCAGCCGAAAAGCACGUCCAUCAGCGUCGCCGCACCUCUCUGCAGGAGAUAGCCAGCUUGUGGUCCUUGGUACUGGAUCUCUUUAUGCUGGGCCUCUUCGUCGUCCAGGCAACUGGGGUUGCACCACCCAUGGUGCACAGCAUCUCAUUCUACGUCACCGUCUCCAUCGGAUCCACUGUGAUGAGGAGGAUGGGAGACCCGUCAGUGGACUUGACACCUGAACGCUUGAACCGAGACAUGACGGUCAUGAGUUUGCUGGUUUUCGGAGCCACCAUCGGAAUGCCACGCGAGCUCAUGCCUGCCUGCUACAUGGCGCGAACUCUCUGCUUCACCUUCACCAACAGCCAGUUCAGCAACAAGGUCAACAUCAUGCUGGCACCCUUCUAUGUGAUGUCACAUUGGCUCAACUUCGAGCCAGGUUCGCCGCCCGAGAAGCUUUUGUUUUCCAUGAUCGGUGAGGUGGUGGCGGUCUCGCUCAUGAUUUUAGUCGUCACCAACCUGGACACCAAGGAGCAUCAUGCGGCUGUAGCUACCAUGGAGUUGGAAGCAAAGGUCGCCGAGGUGGCUGAAGCAGAGCGUACAGGCGGAGCAGCUCAAAGAUUGUUGUCCGUGACCUGUGAUGCAUCGGUUCGCCUGACGCAUGACUUGAAGAUUAAGACCCCCUCGCGCUCGCUUCUGGACCUGUUGAUGUGUAACUUUGGUUCCAACUGCACGACCCAGCUGGAGGGUAUGGCCUUCCUCCGCUACGUGGUGCAGGGGGAGCACGAACGUUUCAUGAAGUUCAUUGACGAGAACUCCCAGAGUACAUCUCCGGCAAGGUCCUUGCCUAUCGACCUGAAGGACUCCAGCGGUGUGACUUUCAAGGCGGAGCUCUUCCAUGUCACCGUUCCCAGCUUAUUGGGCGAUGGGGCGCAUGAGCACCUGAUUGGUAUCACGAACGAUCUCGCGGAUGAUCGGCUGGGACGCAUGGAGCAUACCUUGGAGAAUCUUCCGGCGCCUUCAUUCCAGGGCCUGCCGAUGAUCAGCGAGGUUGAUCCGAGAUACCAAGGAACUAGAGCCCUUUCGCAUUCCUUUGCACCUUCGCAGAGGCAUAGCUGUGGGAAGAGUAGCGUAUCCAGCAGCAACAGUAGCAAAAGCUCAAGAGCACAACUCUCAACCAUGCGUGAGAUCAGCGAGAUCGACUUGGUGAUCGAUCUUGAGACCGUAGAUACAGAUUUCCGUAUUCUGUCGGUUACCCUACACUUCGCCGCGCCAACUUCCUGCGCCGAGCAUGCUCUCCCGAAUCUGGUGGAAUGGCUCAAGCCGCGGUACCGGCAACAGGUGCAUAAUUGGAUCCAAGAACAUGCUAACGCCCAUUAUGCGGGACGGGAGUACAAGGAACCCCUCCGGGGUAUCAAGUUGAUUUCGCCCUUCCCAAACACUUCCACACUUUUGGCGGGCGAGCUCAAGUGCAAGGGAAUCACUGAAGAGGAGGACAGCUCGUCAGAUGCGGAUGAGUCUUCUGCCGCAGGUAUGCUCAUGGAAAUCUCCAUCCGGCAACUGUUUGUUCAUUGA